AUGGACCCAGCAGACUCCGUUUGGUAUCGGCGACCCGCAGUUUCUGCCUUCCUCAAGGAGAGCGUGAGGCAGGAGGCUAAGCAUGCCCAGGAGCUCCAGUCACCCUUCUAUGGGUCUCGUUUGGCUUUCGGAGGGCCCCGCAGCCUCCAAACUGCCAUGGCCACGGCCGAGCCGGCGCCUAUGCCUCGGGCGAUCAGAUUGAGCACGUGCUCAUUCUCUCCAGUCGCUACACCUCCGCCUCCACCCCUGGAUUACCCGUCCGACAAGAAGGUUAAGCGGCGGAGGAAGAGGGAUUACGUGACGCCGGACGUUAGACUCACUCCGCUGCAAUCCUUCGCUCUGUUUUUGGGUCUGCCACGUUCUGAGCUUCACAAACUCUCUGCUUCCUCGUCGCAGCCCAGUCUUUUGGAGGUUGUGUUCCUGCUCCCAGGGCGGCUCGGGCCCAGCAUUCCCCUGCACCUGUUUCAGUGCUUCAGGCCUUCAUCGCCACCACCUGCGGCUCCCACGCCGUCGCCUGCAGUGCCACCACCUGCGGCUCCCACGCCGUCACCUGCAGUGCCAUCACCUGCGGCUCCCACGCCGUCACCUGGUCCAGCUACGGCUACGGCUUCGUCCUCGCCUGGUCCAGCUACGGCUUCAGCUCCGCCGUCGUCUGGUCCAGCUUCAGCGUCGCCUGCAGCGUCACCCUCGCCCGGUCCGGCCUCCGAGUCUUCGCCUUCGCCCGGUCCGGUCUCCGAGUCUUCGCCUUCGCCCGGUCCGGCCUCGGCUACAGCUUCGCUUGGUCCUGCCUCGGCCACGCCGACGUCCGGACCACAUCCUGCGCCUCUACAGCGCCGGCCUCCUUCCAGGCCUCUGAUUACACGUCCUGGUCCUGCUCGUCCUGCUCGUCCUGUCCGGCCUGCUCGUCCUGCUCGUCCUGUCCGGCCUGCUCGUCCUGCUCGUCCUGCUCGUCCUGUCCGGCCUGCUCGUCCUGCUCGUCCUGUCCGGCCUGCUCGUCCUGCUCGUCCUGUCCGGCCUGCUCGUCCUUUCUGGCCGCUUUCCAAGCCGAUGAUUGGGCAUCCUCGCCGUCGUGGACGGCCUCCUGACCUGCUCCGUCGCCGCCGGUGCCUCCCGCCCGGCCGGCCUCCUGAACUUUUUUCUGGACUCUUGGGUCGUCGUCCUCCGGGCCGGCCCCCUGAAUGUAGUGUGCAUUGUUUUUCCUGGCCGCCUGUGUGUUUUGUUAUGUUGCUUUCUGGGCUCCGUUGUUUGCCCUUUUUUUUGUUUCUGGCUCCUUGUUUGGUUUGUUUCGAGCCCUCCGUCCUGUUUCCCCCACCGCCCGCCCUGGUUGGGUUGUUUUUCGUUUUUGGUGAUUCUGGUUUGGGCUGUCUGGAAGCCAGCCCUUAAGGGGGGGUACUGUUAGGAGGCCUGGGUCGUUGACCCAGGGUUUUUGAGUUUGUUAUAUUAUUUAUAAUUUCUAGUCUUUGGUUUCUUUGAGUUCUGUCUUAUGGUUUUUGUCUCUGUCGUCUCUAGUUGCUCUGUCUCCCCUGUC